CAAAUAGAAAUGGAUGAUAGUUCAUGGAAAUUAGCAGACCAUCCAAAGCUUCAAAAGGGAAAGGUGAUAGCUUUGGUGGUUUUAGAUGGCUGGGGUGAAGCUACUCCAAAUCAAUACAACUGCAUUCAUGUUGCAGAAACUCCCACCAUGGAUUCACUCAAAAAGGUUAAUCCAGAAAGAUGGAGACUGGUGAGGGCGCACGGUACGGCUGUGGGUCUUCCUACAGAGGAUGAUAUGGGUAAUAGUGAAGUUGGUCAUAACGCUCUUGGAGCUGGUCGUAUUUAUGCUCAAGGGGCAAAGCUUGUUGAUCUCGCGCUUGCAUCUGGAAGAAUAUACGAAGAAGAUGGAUUCAAGUACAUUAAAGAUUCAUUUGAAACGGGCACAUUGCAUUUCAUUGGUUUGUUAAGUGAUGGUGGUGUUCAUUCUCGUCUCGAUCAAUUGCAGUUGUUACUAAAAGGCGCUGCAGAACGCGGUGCAAACAGAAUCCGUGUUCAUAUCCUUACAGACGGACGAGAUGUCUUGGAUGGUUCGAGUGUGGGAUUUGUAGAAACCCUUGAGAACGAUCUAUUUCAGCUUCGAGAAAAAGGAGUCGAUGCUCGGGUUGCUUCGGGUGGAGGUCGCAUGUAUGUUACAAUGGAUCGCUAUGAGAAUGAUUGGAAUGUUGUGAAACGAGGUUGGGAUGCACAAAUUCUUGGCGAAGCGCCACACAAGUUUACGAAAGCUAUUGAAGCAGUGAAGAAAUUGCGAGAGGAGUUAAACGUGAAUGAUCAAUACUUACCUCCAUUUGUGAUUGUUGAUGAGCAUGGAAAACCGGUUGGUCCAAUUGUGGAUGGUGAUGCAGUUGUGACAUUCAAUUUCAGAGCAGACAGAAUGGUUAUGAUUGCCAAGGCUUUCGAAUAUAAAGAUUUUGAUAAAUUUGAUCGUGUUCGGUUCCCUGAUAUUCGUUAUGCCGGUAUGCUUCAAUAUGAUGGAGAGUUGAAACUUCCUAGCCAUUAUCUUGUUUCUCCUCCUGAAAUUGAGAGAACUUGUGGUGAAUAUUUAGUGCAUAAUGGGAUAAGAACUUUUGCAUGCAGUGAGACAGUGAAAUUUGGGCAUGUGACAUUCUUUUGGAAUGGAAAUCGAUCUGGGUAUUUUAAUGAAGAGAUGGAAGAAUAUGUGGAGAUUCCAAGUGAUAGUGGAAUAACAUUCAAUGUUAAACCACAGAUGAAGGCAUUGGAAAUAGCUGAGAAGGCUAGGGAUGCUAUUCUUAGUGGCAAAUUUCAACAGGUUAGAGUUAACAUACCAAAUGGUGAUAUGGUUGGUCACACUGGUGAUAUAAAUGCCACAAUUCUAGCCUGCAAAGCUGCUGACGAAGCUGUCAAGAUUAUUAUUGAUGCAAUUGAGCAAGUUGGUGGAAUAUAUGUUGUUACCGCUGAUCAUGGAAAUGCCGAGGAUAUGGUGAAGAGGAACAAGAACGGGGAACCCUUACUCAAUAAGAAUGGGAAAAUUCAAAUAUUAACCUCUCACACUCUUCAACAUGUAAGUUCAAAACAAAUGUCUCGAGUUAGAUACAUAGAAACCAUACAUAUUUUUAUGUUUUAUUUGUUGUUUGUGAAAAUUAAGGUACCUAUUGCGAUUGGUGGACCGGGGUUAGCACCUGGUGUGAGGUUUCGCAAAGAUGUUCCCGAUGGUGGUCUUGCUAAUGUGGCGGCCACGGUUAUGAAUCUACAUGGGUUUCAGGCUCCUAGUGAUUAUGAACCAAGUUUAAUUGAGGUUGUUGAUGAUAACUACUAAUGUUUUGGGAAUUUUUUUUAUUAAAGGCAUGUUAAAAGAUAAUAAUAUAUAGUGAGAGCUAGGUCAGCAGCUGACUCAUAUGCCACAUCAGCAUCCAAGGCUGAGUCAGCUGCCAAGUAUAUAUUGAGUUGCUUGUUUAUAAUAAGUACAUGUAACACCCAAUGAAAUAUGGGUUGACUAUGUUUAUUUUUGUUAAUCGUAAUGGAUUAGUCCAAAAUACUUAAUUUAA